UCCGUCCUGUGUCAGGGUAAGACCGUAACCGCGCAGACCACCUCCACACGGCAAGACUGGACUAAAUGGAAGCAGCCGAGGAAACUCUCACUUACCGAGAUGACACCGGACUUCACAAGAAGCUGCUCCCGGAGGACAAAGCCUACAAAGACUCUGGCAAAGAGAUUAAAGACAAGGUCGAAGCGAGGAGCGACGAGUCCAACUACAUGGACACUAAGACGGACAGUGCAAAGACGGUCAAAGUGUCUUUCACCGGUGAAGGAAACCAACUGUCUGUCAGUAAAUGUGACGGAUCUAAACAAGGAGUGAAUGAGAAGUUAAUUUUAGAAGAAUCGGCGGAUACAGUUUCAAAUCAACCAGUUGUUAACAGCGACUUUAAAGACGCCGACUUUAAUAAAUUAGGGGAAGCUGAUGGCCACGAGACGAGCGAGUGUAGUGAACUGGCACAAAGCGAAAGCGACGACCUGCACUACACGGAUAUGUAUCUGAACAGUAAGACCGAAGAUGAAGAUGACGAGGCCGGCGCGCUGCUGUCCCACCACUACGGCUUUGACACCGGGGAAGAUGAGUCCCACUACAUCACCACACACGAGAUCCAACUCACUGAACUGGACCAUGAUGUAGACUACGACCUGGGCAGAGGAACUCGCUGGGAGUUUGAAGACGACAACUUGGUUUAUUCUUUUGUGGAUUACGCCACCUUGGAGACGGAUAACACUAAUGAGGGAACUUUGAUACUGGAAGGAAAGAGCGCCUCGGAAAUCCAGGCUAAUCUCGGAGGACGGGUUGUCAGCACUGAGCAGGACGAGAGUGAUCUCUUCGAGUCUGAUAAGUUUGCCAGUUCAGAUGAAAGCUUUUGUAAAAACCAAAGUGACGCCGGGAAGAUUCACUUAUCAAUACAGACGGCCUCGAGGGCCGUCAACGAACCGCCUUUGCUCGACAGCGGCGACAGGGGCCGCUUGUCACUUGUGAGCGCUGGCGCCAGAGCGGGGCCCUUGAGCGAUAGAGCUCAGUAUUUUAUCCCGGCCCCCGGCCGUCAGCACCUGGCGACCAAACUGAGACGGAAAGAUAUAAAUGAGUACUCCAGUGGAGCUUCCAGCUCCAUCAGUGAGCUGGACGACGCUGAUAAAGAGGUGCGUAAUUUAACCGCCAAGUCUUUCCGCAGCCUGGCAUGUCCAUACUUUGAUGCCAUCAAUCUUAGUACAUCCAGCGAGUCGUCUAUUUCGGAAUAUGGACUCAAUAAGUGGGCUUUCGUGGAUUGGAAUUACAGAAACGUUUCGCGUAGCAAGGAGCACAGCAUCAUUGCGCAUAAAAAUACCAAUUUAGAAAUGAACCAAAGUGCCGAGAAUAAAGUAGCUCAAAUGAAGCACCCCCACGGUGCUAUCCCAAACAUAGAUAAUGAAGACCCAUCUGUAAAUUUAUCUAACAGCAAUAAACAGAACGAGCCCGGGGGUCCGGUCCAGGACAAACAGCGUGAGGUGACCCUUAAUUUCCGCUGUAAUGUUGAAGCAGGAGUGCGUGAAGGUACCAAACGUCCGAAGUCUUCAAGCGCACGAUCUAGGGAGGUACACGGCACAGUGCUGGCCAGGUCACGUUGUGAAAUGGAAUAUCGUCACACUGAUGACAAGGACCCUCACAAAAAAGCAAUUUUUGCAUCAAGCCUUUUGAAAAAUGUAAUUUCAAAGAAAAUGCAGUUUGAGAAAGAGCGCAAAAUGGAGAGAGGUGAAAUUCAUGAUUCGUGCUUAGGUCUGUCUCCUUGUGGUGUGUUGAAGGUUAGGGAUCUGGGGAGAAGCAUGCAAAGACAAACCUCUGAGUCAGGAUCUGGGGUCACUGUAAAUUCAGCAGAGGAGUUACAUGUGGACGGCAGCAGAGCCAGUUCCUCUGAGCCUGUAGAGGAGGGCAAAAGCAAAAAGGAUCAAGAAUCACAGAAGGAACAGUUGGACAGCCCCUCACAUCACAUGCCUGACCCAGUAAAAGAGACAGAGAAGAAUCCCAACAGCAUGCUCACAAAACUCCUUUUUGUCCCUAGAUGCCAGCUCUACACCAAAGACAAAGACUUCUCUAAAGAUGUGCCCUCUCAAGCCACAAACAGCACAGGGAAACCACCAGAGAUUAAGAUAUGUUUAAGAAGUGUCAAAGAAAACAAAGGGUGCACUCUCAAUAUUGCCAGUUUGUUAACCCCUAAAAUUAGUUACAGCGCCGUAAACACGCUCAGAGCCGCAGGAGAGAUAAAAUGUCCCAUAGUGUCUGCAUCAGACAAGAUGCCGACUUUCACGGUAAGAGAUAUUCGAGAUACCAAAUGCAAGUUUCAAACCCCAAUUUAUCAAGUCAGAGAUGUGCGUAAAUUAGUCAAAAGUUCAUAUCGUUUUGUAUCUCUGGACAAUAGUGAGAAUAAAAACCCUACAGCCAUUUCCACAGCAGCAGACACUGCUGAUAUGGCUAAGAAGGCAGUGAAGCAGCCAUUAACAGCUCCAAUGGUUAUUAAGUGUCACUCAGUCAAAACAAAUGUGAAAAAGAACACAGCUGAGGUGUCACAAAAAGAGGCAGAAGCAGGCAUGCCUUUCUCCAAAGUUAAGUUUCAUCCUGUGUCUUCAGAAAUGAAUUCUGACCAUGUAGAAGCUCCGUGUACCUCUGACAAUAAACAGGUAAAACAGAGGGUAGAAAAAACUUCAGGUGAGUUUUCAGACAGGAAAACUGAAACGAAAAUACCUAAACAGGCUGCACUUGAGAAGCUUAAAGCUGCUGUGAAGAGUAUGGAGCAGCUGUAUGUCUUUGACAGAAAUGAGUGGAAACGUAAAAACCAGGCCUUGCACUCAAUGACAGGGAGCCAUGUGCAGUCUCUUAUCAGCAAAGAGGAGCAGCGGGAGGAAGAGGGUACAGUGGACAGGGCUCGCCAGGCUCAAACAUAUAAACCACACGCUAAGGGAUAUAUGAACGUCAUGCAUGUCCCAUUUAAUUGUGAGACAUUAACACAAUUAGAGCCCAACAAAGAAGGCAGCAGAAGUACACUGCACCCAGAGCACACCAAUAAAUCACACAUGAUCAAAAGCUCUAUCAAUAAUCCAAUCCCACAAUGCUCUGCUCCCAAAUCAUACACUGUAAAAAGUUCAAAGACAGCGGCGCCAGUCUCAGUGAAAAUAGAUGCACCAAAAUGUGGGCAGCUGGACAAAGCAAAGGUCACUGUUAAUCCCUCUGUGGCACUGCCCGUGUCAGAUUCGGAAAACUAUCUGACUAUACCUGGACUCACUCCGGAGGGUGGGCCAGGGACUAAGGAGGACAGUGUAAACAAACAUGAGACAUACAUAACUACAUGUUCAAAUAAAAAAAACUCACCCUUAAUUAUGGAAUAUCCUUCUUCAGCGCUCUAUCAUCACUCCAAUGUCGUACCACAGCACGUGCUCUGCUUCUCCCCCUCUGUCCCCACUGUGUCCCCCACUCCCUCAGGAGGGGACACUCAGAAAAAGAUGCUUCUGGACCCUGCCACUGGACACUACUACCUGGUGGACACUCCUGUACAGCCCACUAAGAGACUGUAUGACCCUGACACUGGGCAGUUUGUGGAUCUGCCCCUGUCCCAUUCACCUGUGUCCCCUGUCACCCCUGUGGCAUCAGUGACCCCUGUGCCUCUGUCUGUGUCCCCUCUGGCAUGUGCACCCACAUACAUGAUUUACCCGGGCUUCAUUCCCUCGCCCACACUCACCAUGCAGCCAGUGCCCCCACAGUCUCACUGUGAGGAGGCAAGUCACCAAAAGAAGCACAAAGACACAAACUCUCCAGUUCUGGCAGAGAAAGUGUACUACAGUCCGUCAGGAGAGGCCUCGCAGAGCGACCAGCUCCCUGGACCUGUAGGUCAUGUGACCAGUGGAGGACGUGUAGCGAACAGACCGUCUGUUAUCAGCAUCUCAACACCACACGGCCCUAGAAUCAUCGCCCCUCCCUCCUUUGAUGGAACAACCAUGAGCUUUAUCGUGGAGCACCGGUGACCAACACUUUUCACACACAGACUUCAGAUAUCUUUAUUGAUGAUUUUGUCAACUUGCUUGGCAGUAGAAGCAGUUUGGACCCCUGGACUUCUCCUUGCACUGCACAUUUGGAAUCCCCAUUGACAGACACAGACUGGUGUGUUCAUUUGUUCCAUUUUGACAAUAUCUGUUUUCAUCGUAGCACUUUGCAGGUUAUAAAGUCAGCCAGGGGCCUGAGCUGAUGCUGGACACUUUAGCUUUAUUUUCUGCCUUAUGAUACUUUCCAUAAAUCUGCUGCUUAAUUUGAUAGUAGUGGAAAUGUUGUUUUGUGCAAUUCAAAAGGAAACAAGACACUUAUAUAAGUAAUAUAUAUGUAAUAUAUAUCUGAAUCCAGUUUGGUAGAUUGUUUUAGAAAUGUGACUCAAUAAAAAUAUUUUGUCUAAAUUAGUGCACAGAUCUUUGGUUGUGCAACCUUUCUUGGUUUGGUAUGAACACAAGAGCUAUUCUUAGCCCUCGCUUGAUCUAAGUUUCAGCCCUCACCUCUGUUGAUCAGUUGUGUUAUUUUUUCAGUAGUUCAGGGACAUCACAUCCAACAUAAAUCACCCAGCCCCAAGUCAUAUGUGCACAUGUGGAUCUAUACAGACAGGGGCAAGGGCUUGUAGCUGUGUAAUCGCACGAAAGGUGUUACGCAAAAAUAAUGUCGUCUUUAUGAACAGUUGGAUGAGUAAUGUAGUUUGUUUUUAUCACUGGGACCAUUUAUUUGCACAAGUGUGAUGUUAAAGGCAAGGUGACACACUGCAUCACAUUAAGGAUCUGUGUAUUUCAGUGAAAGUAUCUGUGGUUUGCCCUGUUUUAUCCCCACAAAGUGCUGAUAAUGAGCGCAUCUCUCUGUGAGUGUGAUAGUGCAUGUUAGCGCACACUCCUGGUAUGUUGCGGAGAGUUAGGAGAUAGAGUAGAGCUGGACUCUUCCUCAGCUAUGUACUUAGAUCAGUAUAUCUAAGUAGUAAUGUGGCUAAUGAGCGGGAGCCAGCUGAGACAUUUAGGGGAUAACUUCCUCUAUUAGUGUUGGUUUAUUUUACACUUUUAGUGUAAUGGCCCAGGAGUGGAUGUGUGUGUGUCUGAAUGUAUCUGUGUUUGUGACAUUGAGUUAUGCCAGGCAUUUCAACAUUCUGUGAGCGUACAACGAGGAGUCAUGUUACUUCACUGUGCAUACGAAGGCUACAUGUGUUGCGUGUGGCUGUACAUUUAACACCAUAGCAGCGUCACUUUUUCUGUCCAAAGAAUAAACCCCUCCGCCUUUGCUUUGUAUGUGGAUUACUAGAAGUACACAUUAACAUAACUAACUCAUUCUUAUUGUUAUCAUGGGGUAAUACCUGUCUCUUGUUUCCUUUUGAAGCUGCACUAAAACUCUGGGUCAUUGUGUUUUGACUUAAUAAUGUCAGCAUCCAUCACAGGACCCCGUGUGCCGCUGCUGUGUUAGCAUGUGUCAAACUAAAUACUUAAAGCUAUUUGGAGCUGCAGGCCAGUCCAGAUACCUUAUUUAUUAUGCACAUGUUAUUGCUCUGUCAUUACAGAGGAAAUACACAGUUAUGUAUCAUGUGAAUACAUAACUCGGUGGGAGAUAGAUUGGACAUAGUUUACUCAAUGUUGGGAGCAAAACUUGAAAUUGCAACUUUUAAUGCAUCUUAAAUUAAUUCUUUAAUAUUUGUAUAAUGAAUGUACUUAAAUAUUUACCAAAAUUUAUAACAGUUGUACCUAUUUAAUUGCCUAAAAUCUUUUUAAAAAUAGGGUAUCAUAUCAUUAUACACUUUUACAGAACGUUUAUUUCACAGUUUAUCUGAAACAGUGGAACAGCCUGGUUUUCUAAGCAAAUAAUGCAUUUCAAACUCAAAUGUAUUUAUAUGUCUUGAAAACAAGCCAGUUCUCCCCAACAUUUUAAUAGUCUUUUCAUAGUCCUACCCAUUUUUGUCUUAACAUAAGACAAAUUAGAUAAAUUGGUCUAAGGAAAAUUAUUAACAUCAAGGUUCAAACUGGGCAAACAUGGGUUAUAAACUGAGGCUUGCCAGUAAAGAUGGUCAGUGAAAGUGAGAUAGUGCAAGUUAAGUGCAUGUGAAAUGAUUUGGGGCGGUCCUUGUGUUACGAUGGCACAUUAUCUCUUUGGUGUAACCUGAAAGAGUUUAACCCCCGUAAAGACAGUGAUCAGGAAAGAGGAAAGAGGAAAGGUAGAGCUGUGUGUGCUCUCACUCACACACUUUGAAGUAAUGGAAAUGAUGUAUGGGUGUAAU